AGCAAUUGAACACCAAAAGUAUUUAGUAUACUGUAACCUCUAACAUAAAUUCUACUUUUAAUUUAUUAGCAACGACCGCUGUGUACAUCUUUUUUUGAAAAAAGUCUACGUCGAUAACCAGAAUGAAUGAGACGGACAUCACUUUCAAGCACAUGACAGCGUCAGUCUCCACUGACCCAUUGUUGACUGUGCAAAACACUCCUGAAAUUGCAGUGUGCUUCGGGGGAUUUGCACCCGAGUCAAAUGUGGUAACAAUUGCAAUAUAUGCAAUAGGUGUGUUUGCCAGUGUCGUGAUCCUCCUGCUGCUGGUUUUUGCUCUUAAACGUCUCACUGCAAGACAAGCCAGGCCCAGAGCUCUACUGGGAUCUAGCCCUUGCAGUCUGUCAAUGGGAGGCAACCCUGUAGAGGGAAGUGGCAACCACAAGGGAGACAACAUCUACAUUUGGGAGGAGUUUCGUAAGGGAUGCAAACCAGCUAAUGAAAGUGGCAAUAUAAGAGGCAACCACUACAUUCAGGAUAAGGAGUGUAGAAAGGGAGGCAAUCAUGGAGAGGGUGGUGACCUUCAUAAGGGAGACAACCUCUACACCCAGGAGGAUUAUGACCAUGACCAGUCCAGGAAAUGCUUGCUGGAUCUUGGACCAUAGUUUGGAAACUAUUAGAAGCCUCCAAGCUCCUACAUAUAGGCAGAUUGGUUGAUUUCAUUUUGACUUGGGAUGGAUGGGUUCAAUUUUUUGUUUAACCAAUUUGAAUUGAAGAUGAUAUUGCAAAUAUAUUGAUCAAAAUUAUCAGUAUCAUCAAGAUAAAGUAAAUGUUACUCGCAAGUUUUACAUUUUUGAAGUUGUUUUUUUGUUGAAAUCUGAAGUAUUGGUAAACAUUAUUGUAAUAUCAAUAUAAAGUAAAUGUUAUCUGGGUUUUUAAUCAUGAUGUAUUUUUCAAGUUUAUGAUUUACUUCAUCCAAUGUGCUCAUGGUGAGCUUUUGUGAUCCCCUUUUAUCCAGCGUGUGUCGUUCAGCGUCAAUAUUUGCCUUGUUAACUCUCUAGAGGCCACAUUUAUUGUCAAAUCUUCAUGGAAUUUGGUCAGAAGAUUGGUCUUAAUUAUAUCUUGGAUGAGUUCGAAAAUGGUUCCGGUUGGUUGAAAAACAUGGCUGCACAAGGGCUGGGAAUUUUUCCUUAUAUGGCUAUAUAUGGCAAUAGUUAAACCUUGUUAACACUCUAGAGGCCACAUUUAUUGAGCCAUCUUCAUGAAACUUGAUCAGAAGAUUCAUCCCAAUAAUAUCUUUGACGAGUUCGAAAAUGAUGUUAGUUGGUUGAAAAACAUGGACGCCAGGGGGCGGGGCAUUUUUCCUUAUAUCGCUAUAGUAAAACCUUGUUAACACUCAAGGGGCCACAUUUAUUUUCCAAUCAUCAUGAAACUUGGUCUGAAGAAUUGUCCCAAUGAUAUCUUGGACUAGAUUUGAAAUGGUUUAGGUUGCUUUAAAAACAUGGCCACCAGGGGUUGGGGCUUAUUUCCUUAUAUGGUUAUAUAUGUAUAUUCCAGGCUUUUGUAAAAGCUUAUUAACACUCUAGAUGCCACAUUUAUUGUCCGAUCUUCAUGAAACUUGGUCAAAAGAUUUGUCCCAAUGAUAUCUUAAAUGAGUUUGAAAAUGGUUCCAGUUGGUUGAACAACAUGGCUUCCAAGGGGGCGGGGCAUUUUUCCUUAUAUAGCUAUAGCAAAUCUUGUUAAUACUCUAGAGGCCACAAUUAUUGUCCGAUCAUCAUGAAACUUGGUCAGAAGAUUUGUCCCAAUGAUAUCUUAGACAUGUUCCAAAAUGGUUCAGGUUGCUUGAAAAACAUGGCCACCAGGGGGCUGAGCAUUUUUCCUUUUAUGGAUAUAUAUGGCUUUUGUAAAACCUUGUUAACACUCUAUAGACCACAUUUAUUGUUUGAUCUUCAUGAAACUUUGUCAGAAGAUUCAUCUUAAUUAUAUCUUGGAUGAGUUUGAAAAUGGUUUGGGUUGGUUGAAAAACAUAGCCACCAAGGGGCGGGGCAUUUUUCCUUAUAUGGCUAUUGUAAAACCGUGUUUACACUCUAGAGGCCACAUUUGUUGUCCGAUCAUCAUAAAACUUGGCGAGAAGAUUUGUCCUAAUGAUAUUUUAGAUGCGUUUACAAAUAGUUCUGGUUGAAAAAUAUGGGCACCAGAGGGCGUUGCAUUUUUCCUUAUAUGGCUAUAUGGUUAAAGUAAAACCUUGUUAACAUUCUUCAGGCCACAUUUAUUGUCUGAUCUUCAUAAAACUUGGUCACAAGAAUUGUCCCAAUGAUAUCUUGGACGAGUUUAAAAAAAAUUCCAGUUGGUUGAAAAACAUAGCCACCAGGGGGUGGGGCAUUUUUCCUUAAAUGGCUAUUGUAAAAACUUGUUAAUACUCUUUAUGUCACAUUUAUUGUCCAAUCUUCAUGAAACUUGGUCAGAAGAUUUGUUUUAGGUAAUGAUAUUUUGGAUGUGUACGAAAAUGUAUCCGGUCUUUUGAAAAACAUGGCCACCAGGGUGUUCACUAUUCAUGGAAGUUGGUUAGAACAUUUGUUCUAAUGACAUUUUGGGCUGCACAGAAAAGCUCAGUUCCUUUGAAUCUCAGGUGAGAGACUUUGGGCCUUUCAGGCCCUCUUGUUAAUUCAUAAGACUAGUUUUAAUGUUGAUUAUUCAUUACUUGUAUAUAAUUUUGAUAUAGUCAAAAUAGCUGCUUCUUUUACAUUUUUAGCUCACCUGUCACGAAGUGACAUGGUGAGCUUAUGUGACCAUGUGAUGUCCGGCGUCCGUUAUAUGUGCGUGCGUGUGUGCGUGCGUCCGUCAGUCAACAAUUUGUUUGUGUUGACAGUAGAGGUCACAGUUUUCAUCCAGUCUUUAUGAAAUUUAAUCAGAAUGUUUAUCUUGAUGAAAUCUUGGAUGGGAUUGUAUUUGGGUCAUCUAGGGUCAAAAACUAGGUCACUAGGUGAAAAAUUAGGUCACAUUAUAGGUCACAUAAUAGAAAAACCUUGUGUAGACAAUAGAGGUCGCAGUUUCAUGUUUAUGAAAUUUGGUCAGAAUGUUCAUCUUGAUGAAAUCUGGGUUGGGAUUGUAUUUGGGUCAUCUGGGGUCAAAAACUAGGUCACUAGGUCAAAAACUAGGUCAAAUAAUAGGAAAACCUUGUGAAGGCAAUAGAGGGCGCAGUUUUCAUCCAAUCUUUAUGAAAUUUAGUCAGAAUGUUUAUCUUGAUGAAAUCUGGCUUGGGAAUGUAUUUGGGUCAUCUGGGGUCAAAAAGUAGGUCACUAGGUCAAAACUAAGUCAAAUACUAGAAAAACCUUGUGUAGACAAUAGAGGUCGCAGUUUUCAUCCAAUCUUUAUGAAAUUUGGUCAGAAUGUUUAUCUUGAUGAAAUCUGGGUUGGGAUUGUAUUUGGGUCAUAUGAGGUCAAAAACAAGGUCACUAAGUCAAAUAAUAGAAAAACCGUCAACAAUUUGUUUGUGUAGACGGUAGAGGUCACAGUUUUCAUCCAAUCUUUAUGAAAUUCGGUCAGAAUGUUAAUUUUGAUGAAAUCUGGGUUGGGAUUGUAUUUGGGUCAUCUGGGGUCAAAAACUAGGUCACUAUGCCAAAUACUAGGUCACUAGGUGAAAUAAUAGAAAAACCUUGUAUAGACAAUAGAGGUCGCAGUUUAUUAAUGAAAUUUAGUCAGAAUGUUUAUCUUGAUGAAAUCUGGGUUGGGAUUGUAUUUGGGUCAUCUAGGGUCAAAAACUAGAUCACUAGGUCAAAUAAUAGAAAAACCUUGUGUAGACAAUAGAGGUCACAGUUUUCAUCCAAACUUCAUGAAAUUUGGUCAGAAUGUUUGUCUUGAUGAAAUCUGGGUUGAGUAUGUAUUUGGGUCACCUAGGGUUAAAAACUAGGUCAAUAGGUCAAAUAUUAGAAAAAUCUUGUGUAGACAAUAGAGGUCACAGUUUUCAUCCAAUCUUUAUGAAAUUUGAUCAAAAUGUUUAUCUUGGUGAAAACUGGGUUGGGAUUGUAUUUGGUUAGUCAGGUGAGCAAUUCAGGGCCAUCAUGGCCCUCUUGUUCUGUAUUAGCCUCAGGCUGUGUUUAAAAUAUUUAAGAGAAUCUCUGGAUUGUUUACUGUGAUUUUUUAAAUGAGAUUAUAUACUUUUUUAAUUUUUUCAAAGCAAUGUUUAUAUUUGUUUCUUCAGCCAAGGAAUUUCAAUGACAUUUUAAACAGUUAUUGGAGAUUGAAAUUAUUACUCUAUCAUUAUUUUAUGUAGCAAUAAGAGAAGAUAUUAUUUUUUGUGUAAAAAACCCCAUAUCUCACCUCCUACAAAAAUGACUUAAUCCGAUUGGCUUAUAGCAGUUACAUGCCCAUGGUGUAUUUUCCAUACACCCCAAGAUAUUUCCAUACUUCCAUCAAUGUCAAAAAAGGCAUCUGUUGGAUGAACCCCAAAAUAAGUUUUGUUAUUAUAUGAUUUUUUUCAUAUGUACGGGGAACCAACUAUAUAAAUAAUUGUAAUUAAACACAAUUGGCAUAAUUAAAAUAGCAAUUGCAUUUGAAACUCUGCUGUAGAUUAGAUUGAUGACACUAUUUCAGCUUUAUCAGGAGUCAUAAAAAAUGAAUUUAGUAUCAAAGAUACGCCUCAAUGACAACUUUUCCAUUUUCUGUUCUGCCAUCCCAUUCACGAAAUUAAUUUUAAACCACAUUAGAUUCUAUUUGUUUUUAUAACAUUUGUAUAGAAAACUUACCAUUCUGACCCUAAACACAAUUUACAUAAUAGUAAUCCUGUUGGAGCGAGUUAUUUUAUUCCCAUCAAAGUUUACAAUUAUGCACGACAAACACGCAAUCCAAAACAAGUUUUGGAUUCGUUCAAUGUUUUUUUCAAUAAAUAUUUUACUUUUAAAUAAACAACCACAUCUGAAUUGUUUUCCCUAACAUCCAGAGAAUUGAACUUAAGCUGUUGUGUUUCGUCAAAUAAAUUAGGUAACACAAGAUGGGUCAUGAAUUGCGUAGUCAAUUGAGGUAAAAUAAAAGUACAGAGAGCUUGUUCAGUAAUAAAUUUUAGUAGGAACAAAAUUGGAUGAUAUGUUAAACACAGAAAGGAAAAUAUAGUCGGUUAGAUAUAAUUGUUACACAGUUAGCAAAUUAUGGUGUAUGGGAUAUAAACCCUCAGUAAUUUCAUGCCAUACUCUAGCUUUGCUCUCUUAUGGUAUGAAAUUACUGUGGGUGUAUACCCACCCACCAUCAGUUACUAACUCUGUAACUAAUAAUGCAAUACAUUUACUUUUUUAAAUAAUUUUCUUAUGUAUGAUUGCUAAAUAUAAGCCACACAUGUGUAAAUAAUAUAUGAAUAAAUGGUCAAACAAUAAAUACAAAUGAACAUUUUGUAUCUUGUUAAAUCUAUGUAGCCAGACCACAUUUUACUGUGAACUUUUGACUUUUGCUAUUAGGAACACUUAUUUUUUAUGGGUUUACUUUAUCUUACAAAAUAUCUGUUGAUUUUGAGUAUUUAUGUUGCUUUAAGAAAUGUUUUUAGAUAUGUUCUACUUUGCCUUUAUCUUGCAAAGUACACAAUUUUGUAAAAAUAGUUUGUUAUAGUGUCACAUGUUAAGGUUUUAUUUUCGUGUUUUGUGAGUUUUAUUUUAUGCAUACAUUCUUAAUUGAAGCAAUAUAUGUGAACAUGGUU